UGCUGCCCAGUUUAGCAGAAAGUUAUAUUUUGUUCGCGUCGCUUGCGCUGUGCCUGCGUCGUGCGUAAUGUUCGCGUGAGGAUGCGCGUGCUAAGAUCCGCCACCUGAAACGCGCUAUAAAACAUCAGCGCGAGCUGGAUGUCUCUGUCAUAUCAGGAGUUUAUUCCAUCUUAUUGACCCUCAGGAUGAUUCGCCUUCGUUUCAAACCAUUAUCUUAAGUUACUUCAACCAUUAUCAUCAGCUGGAUGUGUAUUUUGAAACCAAAAACAGCAUCUUCGUGUUGAGCUAGUAUUUGGAGAAGUGAACAAUGAUUCCUCCUGGAGACUGUCUGUAUGCUGGAAGGAAAAGGAGAAAACCUGUGCAGAAACAGAAACCAGAGAAAGCAGGUCAGAAAUCGAAUCCGUCCAAGCGUCAUCGCGACCGUCUGAAUGCUGAACUGGACCGGUUGGCGAGUCUGCUGCCCUUCAGUGCAGAUGUCAUCUCCAAACUGGACAAACUCUCAGUGCUGAGGCUCAGCGUCAGCUUCCUGCGGGUGAAGAGCUUCUUUCAAGUGGUCCAAGAGAAAGAAAACCACAGCAGUGAUGCCUUGACAUCGGCUCACAAGAAAGAAAUCCUGCCCCAUGUCAUAGAGAGUGAUCUUCUCCUAAAGUCUCUUCCUGGAUUUGCGCUGAUUGUGAGCUCAGAUGGUGUUAUUUUCUAUGCAUCAUCCACCAUCGUUGACUACCUGGGGUUUCAUCAGACGGACGUGAUGCAUCAAAAGAUCUUUGAUUAUAUCCAUGUGGAGGAGCGACAGGAGUUUCACAGGCAGCUCCACUGGGCGAUGAACCCUGGCCAACAAGACACUGAUGAGGAUGUUGUGAUGGGCCAUCUGUAUAUUUCUGAAGUGCUUGACGGCGUUCCUCCUGAACUGUCUCCAUUUCUCACACGGUGCUUCGUCGCUCGAGUCCGCUGCCUGCUGGACAGCACCUCAGGCUUCCUGAACAUGCAGUUUCAGGGCAGUCUGAAGUUCCUUCAGGGUCAGCGGAGGAAGACGGACUCUGGAGCUCUGCUGCCACCGCGGCUCGCUCUCUUCUGUGUGGCUGUUCCUCUAGUCCUGCCCUCCGUCAUGGAGCUCAAGAUGAAGAGUAUGAUGAUGAAGAGCAAACACAAAAGUGAUAAAAGACAACGAGUUUCCCAUGGCUCAUUUGACAGUGAAGACAUGCUACAUCUUAACUGGACGAGCUCUUCUGGUCAUGACUGUUCCUGUUCAUCCCUGACCAACAGGAAAUACAGAGGAGAGGACUGCAAAACCCAGGACAAGCCACUCAACUUCUGUGUUUCUAGACUGCAAGCUGUUGAUCCUUCCUGGGAUGCCCGCUGUCCUGCUACCUUACGCAGGCCCAAUGAAAACUACCUGCCCGUAAGCGUCUAUAAGAAUAGCCAUUCUGGCACACCACAAAUCAGAUGCAACACAGAAUUGCAGAAGCUUGAGAGAUAUUGUGUCAACAGGAAGGCUGAGAGAAGGUACAUGCAGACUGAAUGUUUUAACAUGAUUCCCGAAGUGGCCAUUAAGACA